AUGUCGUUUUUUGGGUUCAAUUCUAAAUUGCCCAACGAAGGCAACCGUCAGCGUCAUGAUCACGGUAAGAAAGACAACAACAAUUCUCCUUUGGAUUUUGAGGAUACUUACAAAGGAUAUGGCGAAUACGAAAGAGAAGAAGAUGACUAUUUGAACGACGAAACUUUUGGUGACGAUGUAGCUUUUGGUACAGAUUUUGAUUUCGGUCAUGGAAGUUCAAGCGCUAACUCCGGAAUGAUUAGUACCAAUCAGUCUCAAGGUCAACAAGGCUUCAACGAUCCAGUUGGUAUGCAAGGCGCUCAGGCUCAGCAACAACAAUUUCAGAUGCAUAGCUCUUAUGCUGCUGCAGCUUCCACCACUGUUCCUCAACAGCAGGCCCAAAUGAAUGUCACCAUGGAUAUGAGACCAAUGGAAUCGUUAUGGUCUAACCAACCGGAUAUGUCGACUCAAGUAGGUCAAAAUGAAGUUUUAUCUAUGGAAGAAUUAGAAAGACAGCAAAUCCAAAUGCAACAGCAACAACAACACCCACCACCGCAAAUGUUUAUGCCAAAUUAUCCAAACCAACAGCCUCAACAACCUCAACAACAAUUCCAAAAUAAUUACCAAAACAAUUUCCAAAAUAAUUUCCAAAAUCCUCAAAACAUGAAUAAUCAGUUUCAACAGCCACCUCCUCCUCAGAUCUUUAAUCAACCACCUCCUCCAAACCAACAACAGACACAGGCUCAAAUGAAUCAAGCACCAGUUCAUAUGGAUUCCCCAGGACAAUUCAAUCCUCAACACAUGCACGCAAUGCAUGCCGUUCCAGGUGGAAUGCCGAUGCCAAUGCAGAUGAACAAUCAAAUAUCUAACCACCUUCAUCACCAACAAUUUGAUCCUUCUUUAGAACUUAAAAAUCAAAACCAACAUCGUCAACAGCAAGUAAUGGGUCAAAAUAUUGGACAAAAUGAAUUGUUAGAAAACGAUCAAGCUUUAUCUACUCCUUCUCCAAAGCCAACCCACCAAGUAUUGCAAAGAGAAGAUGGUAGCAUAGCUUCCAAUGGCAAUAAUAAUCAAUCUUAUAUUCACAUUAAAGAUAAAGGUCCUCGUCGCAUGUCUAGAAGAAGUGAACCUUUAAGCUCAGAAGAGCAAAAGAGGUUACAAAUAAGACAUGCUAAAGUUGAAAAAAUCUUGAAAAAUGCAGGUUUAAUGACUCCUCGUGAUAAGGACUUUAUCACACGUUAUCAAUUGUCACAGAUUGUUACCGAAGAUCCUUACAAUGAAGACUUUUACUUCCAAGUCUAUAAGAUUAUUCAAACUGGCGGUGUUGCUGGCAAAUCCAAUAAAGAUUUGAUCGCUCGUGCCUAUUUGGAACAUUCUGGUCAUAGAUUAGGUGGUCGUUAUAAGAGAGCUGAUGUCGCAUUGCAAAGAAUGCAAAACCAAGUAGAGAAAGCUGUCACUGUUGCAAAGGAAAGACCUCAAAAGAACAAGGACAACACUGACUCGGCUCGUGAAGGUGUCUUAGGUAAAAUCUCAUCGUCUCUAAACAGCAAAGCUCCACGUAGACAAUUACAAAUUCCAUCUCCAAAACUAAGUGAUGAAGAAGAUGAAUCGAAGUUGUCAUCCCACGCUUCCUCGGAGUCAUUAGAAGAAGUCACAGAAUCUUUAAACAAUGUUGGUAUCAAUCAAUCAUCUAGAUCAAGAAGAAGAUCGUCUUAUGCGUUUUCUUCAGUUGAUCAAAUUUCUGUUUUAUCUCGUUCCGGUGGUAGAAAAUUUGUUUUAUCUUUGAUUGAAACUGUUUACGAAGAAGUUCUAGAAUUAGAAGCUCAAUUAAGAAGCGGAAAUGAAACUGAUAGCACCGGUUUGUGGGAAUCAUUACAUAUUGGUGACGAAGCGUAUGAUGUUUCUCCAUUUAUUUCUAUGUUAUCUUUCGACAAAGGUGUGAAGAUAAUGCCACGUAUUUUUAACUUUUUGGAUAAAGCUUCGAAACUAAAAUUAUUACAAACAUUUUUCAACGAAUUAUCUCAUUUGAAUGUUAUUAUUAUUAGUUCUUUCAAGACCAACCCAACUCCUACUGAGGCUCAAUUGAAAAAAAUUGAAUUAUUCCAAGGUGUUUUCCUAAAGAUUAUUGUAUCAUUUUUAUCCAGCAGUGCUGAUUUCAUUGAAAUCAUGGGUCUAUUAUUACAUCUAAUCAGAAACAAUAAUGUUUCAUUUAUCUCCACCUCUACUCUUGGUUUGAAUUUAAUUACUAUUUUGAUUUCUCGUGCUGCUAUCAUCAAGCAAGACUGCAACAGAACCAACAGUUUAUCUUCUCCAGAUAUUCAAGCAUGGAAUGAAAUUUAUGAUAAACUAUUUAUUUCACUAGAGACUAAAUUAUCAUUAGUAUUCCCACCACAAGAAUAUAGAGAUACAGUGGUGAAGGAAACUUCUCAAUCAGGACAAUUACAGCAGUCCAACACUCAGUAUUUCGAUCAAUCAUAUAUUUGGCAAUUCUUAGCAUCAUUAGCAUUGAGUGGUAAACUAAAUCAUCAAAGAAUUAUCAUCGACGAAGUAAGAGAUGAAAUAUUCGGAACCAUUAAUUGUGCAGAACAAAUGAAGAGUUUACCUGAUCAAAGCUCCGCUUACAGAAGAGAUAAGUUAUAUCAAGAUUUGAACUUAUUCUUAAAUGUAAUGGGUUUGGUUGCAAGAGAUGGCGAAAUUUCAGAAUUAAAAUAA